AUGGUCUCUUCCUUUGCCGUGAAAUCUGCAAAGGUCAGCCUUGCUACUUUGUGUCUGGUGGCACAUUUUGCGCGCACAAACUCGUUCAUCCCUUUGUUCCCUUCACCUCCCAAUGUCUGCUUUCGGAAGUUGACCAGCUCAGUACCUCGCCAUCUAAGUGUCCCCAUUGCACCCACGGCAGUGGUGACAGCAGGUCAACCUAGAGGAAGACAAGUGAACUUCACGUUCAGCUAUGAAUCAGAAGGCCUACAGGGCUCAACGUCAGGUUCUUGGAGUCCUCUGCGGAACCCCAAGGCAGCUGUCCGGGCCUUGUUGGACUCUCAGAAAGCCAGCCUAUCGAGAAUCAACGAACUCAUAAUGGAAGUGCAUGAGCAGAGGACUUUGAAGAGGAAAGAGAAGGUCGGCAAGCUCACGGCCGAGAGAUUUCACAACAUGUCGCAACAGAUUUUGAAUGCAGAGAGCUCGAGACAGCACGAGCUGCGACAAUGGUAUGUCCAUCUUGUCCAACUCUCUGCUCUGCUUGCCAGACAGGGGCUACAGCACAGCGUGUGGCUGAAAAUGGACAAGUCUUUGCGCCCCUCGCUCACUGGCCAAAGUCAUGAAAACAUCUCGAUGAUAAACGAUUGGGUGGUGAAUUUGAAAGGGCAGAUCCUGGGCAACAUGGACAGAGAGCGGGAUAUUCUUUUGCCUCUCCUGGCCAUCUCGUGCGUGAAGCAUUACUUCACUACUACUGACAUGUACGUUGAGGAAACGUACUUUCAGGUUCUGAUCCAUUGGCUGAGCCAUAGCGUUCUCAAGAGCCUCAAGACGGAGUCGGACCAGAAGCCGAGUGUGCGGGAGUGUGUUAUGUUCUUCUCCUUUGUGAACAACCGCUUGAAGGAAGACCUGGAGGAGUUCAGAGAGCAGCUGAACAACAACGCAAGCGAGGACGUUUCCACUACAUCAACGUUGUUCUCGAGGCUUCACUUCAAGGUCGGCCUCCUGCUCGAAGCAAAGAGAUGUAUCUACCUCUCAAGCGCGUGUAACUUUCAGCAGCAGCUGCACAGUAGGCUCCCGCUGAUCGAGCAGCUGGACCAUGUUCUCCUCGCAAUGGACUCGUUACAAACCAUUCUGAAGGACUGUGGUGAUGAAUCCGAGACUUUGCGGGCGGCAUUAAAGACCAAGUACAAGAAAAUCUUAGAGCUGGUGAAGGAGCAUGUCGAAUUUGAAGCAAAAAGGCUCAUUCCAGCCUUGAAAUAUUCUGCGACUGUGCAGAAAAUCAAAGACUUGUCUCGAUCUCACAUGAGCUCAAGUGUAAUAGAGCAGGAAGCCAGGAAUCUUGCUCGCCGACUUGUCGCAAUGCCCAUGGACAAAUCAUGUUGCGUAACAGACCAAGACGUGGCCAGCCGGCUAGAAGAGAUUCGAUUGGAAAGUGAAUCAGAGGUUGAGUUGAAAAAGCGACCCCGCGAUCACCUUCACGACAUCAUCGAAGGGAGGUUCUACACGCUCAAGCAGAUCGCCUCAUCGCGGGGAGGCUCAUGCUUGUCUGAGCAGUACGUCAAGAUGAAGGACAAGAUGAUGUGGAAAUGCUCCGACGGCCAUGUAUGGAACGCAACAGCUGAGACGAUCUUCCGAGGAUUCUGGUGCCCUGAAUGUCGCAAGGAAAAUUUGAGGCUGACGAUACACGACAUGCAUGAGACGGCAGCGCUGCAUGGAGGCCGAUGCUUGUCACAGGAGUACAAAGGUUCCAACACCAAGCUCUUGUGGGAGUGCAGACUCGGACAUCAGUUUUUGAUGGCUCCCAACAACAUCCGGAGAAAGAGAGGAACCUCGCGCAUGCCGUCAUGGUGCCCUCAAUGCUCAAAACUUCCUCCCUGCCAGAAAUGCGUUUUUGUCAAGGACUGUGACAGUGCCGAGCUCCCCCUGGCGGGUCACAUGAAGCACGACCAGCCGGCAAGCAACCAUGAUGGUUCAGUGUGA